CCCCCCCCCCCCCACAGCAGUCACCACGGCGACCACCAUGGAACCGCGGCGGCCCGUACCGCACUCUUUUGCUUCCCACCUCGCGGUCGUUGCCGCAACCUUACUCCUCGCUGCUCUCCAUGCGCCGCUCACAGCUGCUCAAGAGCAACCGCCGCCAUGGCUACUGUGCGGCCCACCCUCCUCACCCAGUGGCAACUACACGGAGAAUAACACCUACCAAGCCAACAUCAAUCGACUCUCCACCACCCUCCCCAAGAACGCCUCCUCGACCCCGAUCCUCUAUGCCACGGACAGCGUCGGCUCCGUACCGGAUGUCGUCUACGCCCUCGCUCUCUGCCGUGGCGACACCAACGCCUCCGCCUGCGAGAGCUGCGUCGCGACCGCCUUCCGGGGCGCACAGCAGAGAUGCCCGCUCUUCAAGGACGUCAUGAUCUUCUACGACCUCUGCCAGCUCCGCUUCUCCAACCGGAAUUUCUUCCUGGAUGAUGACUAUUUCGUCAACACGUACUACCUCCAGGGCUCCCAGGUCACGAGCACGCCGGUGGAGGCGUUCGACGCCGCCGUCCGCCUGCUCGUCAAUGCCACCGCCGACUACACAGCGGAGAAGUCGUCCAGGAAAUUCGGUACGGGAGAGGAAGGCUUCGAUAAGGGCAACUCUAAGAUUUACGCGCUGUCGCAGUGCACGCCGGACAAGACGGUGGACAUCUGCCGGACCUGUCUUAGCACCAUUAUUGGGCAGCUGCCCAUCAAUUUCAACGGGACAAAUGGUGGGGGAAUUUUCGGGGUGUGGUGCAGCUUCCGGUAUGAGUUGUAUCCUUUCUUCUCCGGCCGCCCACUGCUGCAGCUUCCGGCGUUCGUGGCGACGCCCCCGCCUGCGCCACCGGCGACCAGAAUACAAGAAAAAUCGAGAAAUAAGACUGGUAUAGUCCUUGCAAUUGUGAUGCCUACAACCUGUGCACUACUGGCCAUAACCGUGAUAUGCUUUUGGAGAAGGAGAAGAUCAGCAGCACAAUAUUUUCCACCUUACUCAACUAGUUCAGAUGAUAUUCAAGAAGCUGAUAUGCUUCUUCUCGAUUUAUCAACACUGCGAACUGCUACAGAAGACUUUGCCGAAAGCAAAAUGCUCGGUAAAGGAGGGUUUGGAAUGGUUUAUAAGGGAAUCCUACAUGAAGGUCAAGAAAUAGCGGUGAAAAGGCUUUGUCAGAGUUCUAGCCAAGGAAUAGGAGAGCUGAAAAGUGAGCUAGUUCUGGUUGCUAAGCUUCACCACAAGAACCUUGUGAGGCUUAUUGGUGUUUGCUUGCAAGAACAUGAGAAAAUACUUGUGUAUGAAUAUAUGCCCAAUAAAAGCCUUGAUACCAUUCUUUUUGAUUCUGAGAGAAAGAAAGAGCUAGAUUGGGUAAAGAGAUUCAAGAUUAUCAAUGGAAUUGCUAGAGGCUUGCAAUACCUCCACGAAGAUUCUCAACUGAAGAUAGUGCACCGGGACCUUAAAGCAAGCAACAUUCUAUUAGACUUCGAUUACGUACCUAAGAUCUCUGACUUCGGCCUAGCAAAGAAUUUUGUUGGAGACCAAACGAAAUACGUCACUCAUCGUAUUGCUGGAACAUAUGGAUACAUGGCACCGGAAUACGCCAUGUGUGGUCAUUAUUCAAUCAAGUCAGACGUGUUUAGCUUCGGUGUUUUGGUUUUAGAGAUUGUUACAGGAAGAAGAAACAGUGGCUCCUAUAACUCCAACCAAGAUGUUGAUCUCUUAACUCAUGUGUGGGAGCACUGGACCAGGGGAAAUGUCAUGGAGCUGAUCGAUCCAUCACUGAGCGACCAUCCUCCCAUUGAGCAGAUGUUGAAGUGCAUUCACAUCGGGCUACUGUGUGUUCAGAGAAAACCUGCAGCUAGGCCGAUGAUGUCGUGGGUAAACAUCAUGCUUAGCAGCAGCACGGUACGUCUCCCUUCUCUUUCCAGGCCAGCCUUCUGGAUCCAGGACCAGGAGGUUAGUGCGAGUGACAGCUCGGGUUCGUAUCUAGCAACACCGCCAGGAGCUUCAUAUAAUUCAGUGGUAAUGUCAUGUAACGAAGCAUCAAUCACAGAGCUCUUCCCAAGAUGAGUCUUGACUCUUGAAGCAGAUGGUUGCUGAAUCAGUGCGUGCUAGAAUUUCCUCUCUUUUUCUCCCUCUUCUUGGAGAUAGGUUGAUGCAGGGAGAGGCCCUGCUGCAACAUACUGAAUUGUCUCUGCAGUAGUGCAGUUUGUAAAAGUCUUUGUGAUGUUAACGUAUGGUACUAUGAUAGAGUACGGGUGUCACUGAUGUCAAUUUUGAUGUGAUAUAUUAUCUAAUCUGAUGUGG